CUCCUUUCGAAUGGCCCUCUUCAGCCGUCUCCAUCCCACAAUGCACCCCGACCGGCAGCCUUUGAAAACGUAGCGCGGCUGAUUCAAGAUGGCGGAGAUGGAACAGCUGCUGGACGAAAGUUCGUCAGCAAAAGCUCUUGUCAGUCUGAAAGAAGGUUUAUCAAACACUUGGAGUGAGAAACAUGGCUCAUCCAGAUCUCCAAAGGGAAGAGCAGAUUUUUCACCUGUGGAGAAUACCAGGGGCUCAAAGAGGAGCCGUGUUUUGUCUGAGGAGGAUGAAGGGCCAGUCACCUCCAGAUCGCCUAGGAGGAGUCAUAGAGUGACAACUAUGCCACAGAAAUUUGCUGAUUUUGCAGUCCCAGACAAAAAGGCAUCUCAGAAGAUUGGACUGAGAUUAAGGAAUUUAUUGAAAUUGCCUAAAGCACACAAGUGGUGCAUAUAUGAAUGGUUUUAUUCAAACAUUGAUGGACCUUUAUUUGAAGGAGACAAUGACUUCUGCCUCUGCCUGAAAGAGUCAUUCCCAGGGCUAAAAACAAGGAAGUUGACAAGAGUUGAAUGGGCAACAAUCAGAAGAUUGAUGGGAAAACCUAGAAGGUGUUCAUCUGGAUUCUUUGCGGAGGAGCGGUCAGCCCUGGAGCAGAAGAGGCAGAAGAUUCGACUUCUGCAGCAGCGCAAGCUCGCAGACUUGGCACAAUGCAAAGACUUGCCCGAGGAGAUCCCCUUGCCCUUGGUCAUAGGAACCAAAGUCACAGCUCGCCUGAGAGGUGUUCACGACGGCCUCUUCACGGGCCAAAUCGACGCUGUGGACACUGGUGCAGCCACAUACAGGGUCACGUUUGACAGAAAGGGUCUAGGGACACACACAGUUCCGGAUUAUGAAGUCCUUAGCCAUGAUCCAGGUGAAACCAUGCCACUUUCAGCCUUUGCUCAGAAGCAGCGUCCAGCCCGCCUCCACACCUUCCUGACGCCCACUCGAGAACCGUACCCCUCAUCAGCCCCAUCUGCACUAAUGGAUAAUGAUCCUUUGCUCGGUCAGUCUCCAUGGAAGAGUACCCUGACCACAUCAGAGGGAGAUACACUUGGCGGCUUUCCAGUCAAUUUUCUUGUACAAGUUACACGGUUAUCAAAGAUCCUCAUGGUUAAGAAGGAGCAUAUAAAACAGUUAAAAGAGAUGAAUGCAGAAGCUGAAAAACUGAAAUCAUAUGCAAUGCCAAUAGAAUACGAGUUUCAAAGGAGAUAUGCUACCAUUGUGUUGGACCUUGAGCAGCUUAACAAAGACCUCAAUAAAGUGCUGCAUGAAGUUCAGCAGUAUUGCUAUAAGCUGGCUCCAGAGCAGGGCCUUCAGCCCGCGGAGGAGGCCAUUGACGUGCGGCGGCGCUGCGAGGAAGAGGCUCAAAAGAUGGUCAGGCAGGCCAACGCCCUCCCCAACGGUCAGCACUGCGUCCACAGCCCACGACUCACCCAACUCAUCUCCAACCUCACCACACUGCUGCUGCAGAUCAAGUGUUUGGCUGAGGGAGGUGAUUUGAAUUCCUUUGGGUUUAAAUCAUUGACCGAUUCACUCAAUGAUAUCAAAAAGUCAAUUGAUACUUCUAAUGCCAGCUGCUUCCAGAACAACGUGGAGAUUCAUGUGUCCCACAUCCAGAGCGGCCUGAGUCAGCUGGGGAACCUCCACGCCUUCACCACCAACAACACCCACAGCGCUUAAUUCCUCCAGCAUUUAGUACAUAUCUAAAGAUCACUCUGUACAUAUCCUCUGACAUAAUCUUAAUAUACCUCGGACAGCAAGAAGUGCAAUUUCAAAACCUCCAGAGAACAUUACUCUUGAAAGGCCAGAGAGUUGGAAUGAGUGGAGUUUUAUGCAAGAGAUUUGUGAGAUGGGUAACAUUUUUGCAUAGUGCACACACAUAAUCAGGGUUCACCUCCUAAACACAUAUGCACACACACGCACACGCACGCACACACUAGAUUGCAAAGAAAUGGACUGUUUCACCCUCUUCUCAUACAUCACUCGCUGUUCCCAGGACCAGCCCUGUUUCCAUGCUGAGCUUUUCACAUUGAUCUGUUUUGAUUGCUUCCCUUAAAUGGAAGUAGAAACAUUUUGAUUGUCCAUAGCUGCACUUCUGGCCUUCAACUCCCUUUUAAGGGUCUGUUUCACUUUGAACCUCAUUCUCACUUGUAUUUUUUAGCACAUUUAUGAAAGUUAUUUGUUUCUUCUUCUACAGCUGCAAACUGUAAUUGGGUCUGCUAAUUUGUAUCAGUAGAUGACGUGGGGCUCUGAAUUGACAUUGCACAGUAAUAGACUUGUUACACAAAAUCUCUGCAUACAAGGAUGUAGAGAGCAGUGGUUUGUGUUUUGCUGAAGGGUUUUUGAUGGUUUUUUUUUUUUUUUAUUGCAUGGGAUGUUUGUUAAAAAGCAAAAUGUCAUAGCAUUGCUAUUCAUCUUUCCAAUUUUAAUUUCUGUACAUUUGUAGGUGAACACUCAAAAUGAGUGAUUUCACAGAAAUGCAUACCUGAAAAAAAAUACUUUAACAAUAUUCUGUGCUAUUUUUGUACUCCUGGUAGUGUGUUUAUAAGUUCGAAUAAGUAUUUAUAAUCUCUGGAGUUCUGAGAUGCCUGUAAUGUUAUGUGUAAAUACUUCUAAAUGAUUUUUAUCACAAGUCUUUGUACAGUUAUUACCAUAAUUCUGGAAAUGUAUGUUAAAAGUAGAUACUUUCCUCCAGUAGUUAUUUUGCUUAAAUUGCAAUGAUCUCCCAACAUAAGAUCUUAUUUAUAAGUAUAUUUUAUUGCAUUUAUGGUGCGUCAAUCUCUUAAACCAAAAUGGUGCACAUUUUCCCUAUGCAAAACUGCCUUCGAAAAUCUUGUUUCCCUUGAUGUGUGAAAUUAAAAUGAU